GAGAAGCUUCGUCUCUAACAAAACAAGACAAACUACAACUCCUUCUCCACUCUCUCUCUCUAUUCCUCCCUCCCUCCCUCUUUCGUUUGAGUUUCACUUUUUCUCUCUCUCUCGAACGAGGAGCAUGGCGGACUGGGGGCCCGUUCUGAUCGCAGUGAUCCUAUUCGUAGUUCUAACACCGGGACUUCUUUUCCAGAUUCCGGCGGGAGGCCGAGUGGUCGAGUUCGGGAAUAUGCAGACGAGCGGCGCGUCUAUCCUCGUCCACGCUAUCAUCUUCUUUGGUCUCAUCACUAUCUUCACCAUCGCCAUCAACGUACACAUCUAUUCCGGUUAACUGUGUUAGCUUUAUUAAUGGUUUACUGAAAAAAACUUUUCUUCUCCCGUUCUGUUUGUGCUUCUAGUUUUCCCAAAAUUUCUGUAAGAUCUGGCAUUUUCGGAUAUUUGUGAAUAUUAUUAAAAAAAUUGCAAUCCAUUUUGUUUUAGAUCUGGUA